CCUGCGCCCCCAUCCCUCUCUCAACAUUCUCGCCUUCCCUCUCUAUAUAUAAACACCUUAUGCUUACAAUUGCUUUUCAUGUAUCUAUCUUCGUUCGCCAGCGCCCAGCACUCAUCUUGCAAUCUACUCUCGCGCCCCACAAAUACUGUUUAUGAGAACCAUCAGCCACAGCUUUUCACUGUUCAAUUGGCCGCCGCAUUCUUUUUCGUCCCGUGCCGCCUCUGCACUUUCAUCCAAACUCUCCGCCUUCAUGUCACACUCAGAUCAACCUUCCGUUUUCGAAACGCCCAGGCUGGUUCUCAAGAAGGUUCUGGCCAAAUCUCAACAUGAAGGCGACGGUGCUGUUGUUAGAAGAGGCAUCGGAAGGAGCGAGUUGAAGAGUUUGGAUCCCUUUCUGAUGAUGGAUCACUUCUCUGUGUCUCCACCGGGAGGCUUCCCCGACCAUCCACACAGAGGUUUUGAAACUGUCACAUACAUGCUGCAGGGAGCCAUAACUCAUCAAGAUUUUGCUGGGCACAAGGGUACAAUUAGAACCGGUGAUGUUCAGUGGAUGACCGCAGGCCGAGGAAUAAUUCACUCUGAAAUGCCCGGAGGAGAAGGAACCCACAAGGGAUUGCAGCUAUGGAUCAAUUUAUCUUCCAAGGAUAAGAUGAUUGAACCAAAUUAUCAAGAACUUCCAAAAGAGGACAUACCAGAGGCAGGACAACAUGGGGUUGAAGUGAGGGUUAUAGCAGGAGAAGCAAUGGGAGUUCAUUCACCUGUUUACACCAGAACCCCAACCAUGUUCCUCGAUUUCUCUCUCAGCCCAGGAGCUGAACGGCAUCAGAACAUUCCAGAAUCAUGGAACGCCUUUGUUUAUGUGAUUGAAGGGGAAGGGGUUUUUGGGUCUGUGAGUUCUUCACCAGUGGCAGCUCACUAUGUGCUGGUCUUGAGCCUUGGAGAUGGUCUGAGUGUGUGGAACAGAUCUUCAAAGCCUCUGAGGUUUGUGUUGAUUGCUGGCCAGCCACUAAAUGAACCGGUGGUUCAGUAUGGACCCUUUGUGAUGAACACGCAGUCUGAGAUUGAAAAAACCAUAGAGGACUAUCAAUAUUGUAAGAACGGGUUUGAGAUGGGAAGAUAUUGGAGAUCUCAACAGUAAUAGGGAAAAGGAAAAGAAAAUAUCUGAAAAAUAAAAAAUAAGAAUAGGAUAGUAUCCUUUUCAAUCUACAUCCUCUGGGAGCAAUCAGAGUAGUAGGAGCUGAAAAGAAAGGUUCAUUGCUAAUUCUUUAGUUGCAAAAAAGCUUCUAGAAGAUUAAAAUUGCUGCUGAGGCAAUCAUAUGCUGUCACUAGAGUCAUGAUGGGCCAGCUUAUCUUUAGUUCAUAUCUCACUCCCUUUCCUUCUCUGCCCCAGCUUUCAGUAGAUAUGUUGAUAUAUUUAAAUCUUUGUGUGUGGUAGUUCGUGACAGAAAUGGAUUUCUAUUUCAGCUUUC